UCCCUCCAUCUGUAAUCAGUAGUGACGUUGCGCAAGCGAAUGCGAUGCUGAUCAUUUGCGGCGACGGCUUCUUCGUCAUGGCAUCGAAAGAUAAAGAGCCCAUUCGGAAUACGGAUGCCCCUCCGCGCUCCGUCGUGGUCGGGUUCGAUGCCCCCUCACCAUCGCGAUCUGUCGAGCCCUCACGGAGACCGUCAAAGGCAGAUGCUGCAGGAAUAGGCAAACCAAGUCGGACAUCCUCUGCCAAUGACGCUGAACUGUCUGCGGAGCUGGCGAAAAAAGGGGGAGAAGGGAGCCAAAACCCAGCGAAAAAGUCACAGAAGGAAAUGACGAAAGCUGAGAGGAGGGAGUUGCAGGAACGUCAAAGAGCGGAAAAGAAAGCGCGGGAGGCGGCUGGUAUACCGAAACGACUGCCGAAACCGAAACAAGGCGGUGGAACGCCUGGUCAGACAGCAGCAGCAGGGUUUGCUGCACAUAACGCACAGAAUUCGCAGCCCGAUAUGAAGCAGCCAUCCCCAAAUGCAGCAGUAUUACGAGUUGCUUCAUCUAUGCGGCUUGAUGAUCCCCGCAAACGUUCAAAAGCCCAAAAGCAGCAACCUGUAAACCGUCAGAUUGCGCGCAAGCCUGUUGGUCUGUUCUCCCAUCUUCCACAAUACGAAAAGCAUGAUAACAUGCAAGCACGAUUGAAGAAGCAGGAAAAUAUCCACCCUGCGGUUUUAACAUUAGGAUUAAGAUUUGCAGAAUUUGUAAUUGCAGGCGGGAAUGCACGAUGCAUGGCCAUGCUCCAGGCUUUUAAAAAGGUCAUAUCUGAUUAUGUGACUCCUGUUGGAAUGUCUCUUCCACGACACCUACCCUCUGUUAUUAGCAAGCAAGUUGAUUUCCUCAGCAACACACGUGUACUGGCAGCCAGUAUGAAAACCGCCAUCAGGGAACUGAAGAAGGAAAUCUCGAUAUCAUCCCCAGACACGCCUGAUGAAGAUGCCAAGACGUAUUUGAUUGGUAAAAUCGAUGAGUUCAUCGUGGAAAGGAUCAUUACGGCAGGACGGGCGAUCGCAGAAGAGGCUUUAGAGCAAAAGAAAAGCAUCAAAGACGGGGAUGUCAUUUUGACAUUCGGAAGAUCAUCAGUGGUCCUGCAACUUCUGUUGGCUGCCCAUGCCAGAGGAAUUAAUUUCAAGGUCAUCGUUGCCGACGGACGGCCAAAGUUGGAAGGAAAAGAAAUAUUAAAGUCGUUGGUUCACGCCGGAAUUAGCUGUGCAUACGUCUUCUGCACAGCGGUUCCCCUAUUAAUGAAGGAGGUGACGAAAGUCAUAAUCGGUGCUAGUGCGGUGCUCGCAAACGGGGCAGUUCUUUCACGGGUUGGGACGUCUGUGGUCUGCAAUGCAGCCAAAGAACUGCAGGUUCCCGUCAUUGUAUUGUGUGAGAGUUACAAGUUCUCAGAAGAAGUGCGACUUGAUUCCUUUACCUGGAAUGAAAUUGGUAACCCAGAUGAACUGGUAGACGUUUCGAACCGAGCACCAUCAGAACACGCCUUCAACGCAUCUACAGGUGGCUUUCAAUCCGAUGAAGCAGGUGUCAUCGGUUGCUGGCGAUCCGUGGAUAAGCUUAAACUCUUGAAUCUCCACUACGAUGUGACACCUGCACAUUUUGUCACUGCCUUGAUAUGCGAACAUGGAACUGUGCCAAGUACUUGUGCAUUGACGAUUGCCCGGCUUGCGGCCGAGAAGAGCGCAUAAAAGAGUUAUUGUUUUGCAUGUACAUGAGAGGGAUGGGAGUGAUUGGUCGGUUUUUUUGCACAGUGCCUAGGCAGGCGUUACAAUACAUAAACACUACACCACUAGACCAUCAUUCCAUCCGCUG